AUGGAUGUGCUCACCGAGCCUCUUCCCAGUGAGCUCCAUGAGCACGAUCUACAGAUGGCAGGCUGCUCUUGGGGACUCAUGGUGGCCUCCAGUGCCAUUCCCAGGACCAUCCAGGGCUCGGGAGCCGCCUCGCUCCUGCUGUCUGGGACUGGGCGUGGCCGCCGGGGGCCCCCGACACGGGACGAGCUACUCUGCGCCAGCUCGUACUUGGGCUUUGGGGGCCCUGGGGGGCAACCUGUGCUGAGGACCCAGGGCCCUUUACUCCCAUCCCACCCCAGAAACGGGGUCCCCGGAGGCGCACAGGCCGAGGGGCGGUGUGGGCCAAGGGUCACCUGCCCCGGAAUGACCUGCGCCCCGCCCCCAGGCCUGCUGGAGUUGUCGCCGGUGGAGCGCGGUGUGGUGAGCAUCUUCGGUGUAACCAGCCGGUUCUUCGUGGCCAUGAGCGGCAAGGGCAAGCUCUACGGCUCGUCUUUCUUCACCGAUGAGUGCAAGUUCAAGGAGAUACUCCUCCCCAACAACUACAACGCCUAUGAGUCCCACACGUAUCCUGGCAUGUUCAUCGCCCUGAGUAAGAACGGGAAGACCAAGAAGGGGAACCGAGUGUCACCCACCAUGAAAGUCACCCACUUCCUCCCCAGGCUGUGA